GCACACUGUCCCUUUUUUCCCACAGGGAACCCUUACCCUUUCUCUCAUUCUCUCAUUCUCUCGCCCUCGCCUUCGGGAAAUAUGGCUUCUUUUCUCUGGGUUCUGUGUUUAGGUUUCUUGGCGCAGGGAACAUUGGCUACUCCACCAAGGAAGCCUGUGAAUGUACCCUUUUAUCGUAACUAUGUUCCAACAUGGGCUUUUGAUCACAUUAAGUACUUCAAUGGAGGUAACGAGGUUCAGCUCUCAUUGGAUAAAUACACAGGUACUGGCUUUCAAUCCAAGGGUUCUUACUUGUUUGGCCACUUCAGCAUGGAUAUAAAGUUAGUUCCAGGGGACUCUGCUGGAACAGUAACUGCUUUCUAUCUAUCUUCUCAAAACUCGGAGCACGAUGAGAUAGACUUUGAGUUCUUGGGAAACAGGACAGGCCAACCAUAUAUUUUACAGACAAAUGUCUUCACUGGAGGGAAGGGUGACAGAGAACAAAGGAUCUAUCUCUGGUUUGACCCAACCAAAGACUUCCACUCCUACUCGGUUCUCUGGAACCUGUUUCAGAUAGUGUUUUUUGUGGACGAUGUUCCAAUCAGGACUUUCAAGAACUGCAAAGAUUUGGGACUGAAGUUCCCUUUCUACCAGCCCAUGAAGAUAUAUUCGAGCUUGUGGAAUGCGGAUGACUGGGCCACGAGGGGUGGUCUUGAGAAGACGGACUGGUCCAGAGCUCCCUUCCUUGCUUCUUACAGGAGCUUCCACAUAGAUGGGUGUGAGGAGUCUGUGAAUGCUAGGUUUUGUCGCACACAAGGAACCAAGUGGUGGGAUCAGAAGGAGUUCCAAGAUCUGGAUGGUUUCCAGUACAGGAGGCUUAAGUGGGUCCGCGACAAAUAUACCAUCUACAACUACUGUACUGAUAGGGUGAGGUACCCUAAAAUGCCACCUGAAUGCCAAAGGGACAGGGAUGUAUAAUUGAUAAUUCAAGCAAGCUCUGUUUGUUUCAUUAUAUGGUAUAUUACAUCCGCUGGCUGGUGGCUGGAUCAUCUUCUAUUCUCUACUUGUUGUCUCUAUUGGGUUGGGUAUAUAUGUAUAUGAUGAAAAGUGUUGGGAAGAGAGAUGACUUGGUGGAUGUAAGAUUGGAAGGGAAUCCUACUUUUAUGUAUUUCUCCUCUCUGUCGAAUCGAGCGUCGACUAUGGUUAUUGUUUGUGGUAAUAAAGACUGAAAUUAAUAUUAUUAUGUAUUUCAUUCA